AUGUCAACAACAAGAAGGUUGUCAUGGAGGAUGAUGCUUACAGUGGAACCAGUCAUGUUUUUUUAUGCAUUUGGGUUCUUUAUGAGCAUGCCGAUAGCUCAGCAGUAUGUAUACAAAAGACUGAGUGAGGCUAGAGGGUUUCCAUAUCACUUUCAACAAGAUGAUGGUGACACAGGUUGUGGUUUAAAAUUGAAUGAUACAAUGAAGAAGCUUGAAAAAGAGGUAUAAUCUUUAAGGUUUUAUAGUAGAACCCUGCUGCUAAGUUUUAAUAAUGCCAAGAUAGUGCACUAUUCUGUUAUAACUCCAAAACGACUUCUCUUCUUGAUAGCAGUAACAUUAUAACUUUAAUGCCUCAUCGCGAACAAAUCUUACAGACUUAAAUCUAACUACAGUUUUCUUCAAGAGCAAAAAGCACUUUUUAUGACACCUCAUAAUACUAACACAACAAAAUGUCUUGGCUAGGGUCAUAAGCAUUACAAGUCUAGUUACACAGGGGGUUGAGUCAUACAAAAGCGGUUUUGGGUCAGAAAACACUCAGCUCACACACAUUUAUACAGUUUGACUUGUAUAGGGCAUUUCUAGUUUAAACAUGGUAAAAUUUACUGAAAUUUUAAACCCAAGUGAAAAAAAUAAGUGGGGAGUUUUUAAUAUUGGGAGGGGUGCUAUACUGUCUUAGUUUAUGAUCUCGUGCCUUUUUUGCUUCCUAAUUGGAUCAUUUUGGUUGAUAAUGAGUGCAGCACAAUGCAGAAUACGUUUACGGUCACAAGGUACAAAAAAUACCUUGCUGGAUGGCAAACAAUGCAGUGGAAUGUUAAAGAAGAGGGUAUAUUAUAGCUUUUUUAAUGAUCAGGGAUGUCACUAAGAUUUCAAGUUGCCGGGUAUAAAAUACAACAAGUAGGCGGGGAAUCAGACAGCAAGGGAUUUCUUUUGGUUCUAUUUUUCUUCUAUUUUCUUACGAAAGUAGCUGGGGGCCACAUUUAUAAUAGCCAGGGGAAAUCCCAGCUGUUACCUCUUUGUUCUGUUUUUGCCCCUAAGCUGUGUUGUUUGCCAACCAGCAAGGUCUUUUUUGUACCAUGUGACAAUAUUCUGCAAAAAAGCCCAUAAAGAUGCAAUCACUAUCAUUGAUUAUAUAGUCACGUGAUCUUCUGCAGUUGUGAAGUUAAAAAAGCCCAGAGCAUAGUUAAUAGAGUGGAAUGAUUAUGAAGCCUGUCAGACCCUAAUGUGUUUUUGUGGGCUUGACCUGUGCACUUUAUAGUACUCCUAUCAUUUUGAUCUUAUUUGCUAUUAAUAAUGUCAGGUUAAUUGCUCCAUGGACAAAUUUAUGAACAAAAAACAAAGGAUUGUGCACUGUCAGCAAGCUGACAUAAACUACUGUAGCACCGUUGUUUCUUUUCUUUGAUGUUUGCCACCUUUCAUAACCAGUCACCUCUUAGUUAAAUAAAUUAUGUUGAGAGCAAGGACUACUCUUUUGAUUAGCCUGUACAGCUAGCAAUUUUUUUGGUGUGUUUUUUUUUCUUGGUGGUUCGAUCAUAAAGUAACAGAUACAGCCAUGUAAAAGCCAAACCGUCGCCGCACCAGAAAACGAUCGGGGAGGGGUUGAAGGGAGGUUAUCUUACCCCCUUGCCCCCUCACCUAGUUAUUUUCUCAUUUAACCUAGCAUGCUGACUGUCAAAAACCAAAAUCACACCAAAAACCUACCAGCUACACAGGCUAGAAUUGCUUACUCACAGCAGACCAAACAAUUCAACCAAAUAAAUAAUUAUUAAUGGAUCCAAAAAUAUGCUACACUUCUUAUUGGUUACUCUCUCUAACAAUCUCUCUAACUUUCAUUGGAUAAAUUAAUAUAACUCUACAUAGUAAACCGUAGGAACCAUCCUCCUAAGGUUUUCUUCAGCCCAUCCCCUAGAGCAACAAAUUAAGUAGGAGAGAACCCUGGAAUUGAGGUUAAAUCUGUAAGAAAUAUAAUGAUCUGGGCCCAAUUGUUCAAAUAUUGGAUAGCACUAUGCACUGGAUAAAUAUCCAGUGGAUUAAGGUAUUAGGGAAAUUAAUUGUGUCACCCACUGUUUAGAGAUUUAUCCAGUGAAUAGCGCUAUCCAAUUGUUGAACAGCUGGACCCUGGUGCUAUUUACAACAGGUACAGACAUAUGCCUCUUAUGUCCAACUUGGCAUUGUGAUGUUUUCUGCUCUUCCAUCCAUCAUCAUAACAUUGUUCAUGGGAGGCUGGUCAGACAAGGUCGGCCGACGCCCAACGCUCAUUGUACCUGUCCUGGGCGGUGUUCUGGAUACGGCAGGUGUACUUAUUGUCAUGAUCUUUGAGUUGCCUAUUUACUGUUUGUUUGUUGGUGCCUUUCUACAUGGACUUUGUGGAUAUUAUACAACCAUAAUCCUGGCCUGUAUGUCAUAUAUCGCAGACACAACAGAUCAAACACAAAUUGCCUUGAGACUGAGUAAGUGAAGUUCCCUCUGCUUAUGUGGUCAGCAGUGUCUUGAUGUGCAGCAAUUCCAAAUUUAAAAAGGAUAUUCUCCCAACAUUAAACAUGUAGAGGAAAUAAUUAAUGAGUGGUAACUAUCUGAUAGGAUGAAUGACUCAAUGCAAAAAUAAGAGAAGAUGCAAAUCCUGAUACUUACUUAAAAAGUGUUUCAACCUGGAAAGAAAAUUUUAAAUUUUCGAUUUUGAUCAAUGUAUUUAUCACUAAUGGCGAUUUACUUUCCCAUUGCCCUCUCUUUCGUGAAGAUGGGUGAAACGGACUGCUGUCAGACCGAUAAGAAAAGGUCAUCACUUAACUCACCUUGUUAACUGGGACGCAAGAUCACGCGAGAUCACGCUGAAUCACUAUUCAUACCACACCCACCCGAAUCCGAUUUUUUUUAAAAUCGCAUAUAUAUGUUGUGGUUCAGUUUUAUCCUUGGUCGUAAAUUUUACUAUUUGGUUAUGAAGGGAUAGGGUAGUUACAGUGUGUUGAAAUGAAGUGGUGGUUGUGAAAAGUCUUAUCAAUAGUCGAGAACAUGUUUUCACUUAUUUUAAACAUGGUUGGACUUUUUGUUUAGGACUGUUUUUCGCUUAUUUUGUUAAUAUUUGUAUGGAGAGAACAUGGAUAAGGCCAAAAGUUCAUUUAGUAUAGAGAAGGGGGUAUGAAGAUGUUGAGGGGUGGGGGCUGAAGUUUUGUGUGUGUGCUCGGGGGCUUUGAAAAAUCUGUGAGGUCAAGGGGAGGGCGUAAAAUCUGGCUAUAGAACUAAGGGCCUAAUUACAUGAGCUGGGCUGGCUCGCUUUGCAGAGAUCUCGGCGCCUUAGUUAAACCCAACAAAAAUCAACUUUGCGAUAAUAUGACAACCGAGCCAGCCCGGUUAGCUGGGAUCCCAGUAUUGUGAUGCCGGGAUCUGGAGUGGAAAUUUUCCAAGGAAUCACGCUUGCCGGGCGGCCCGGAGAAUGAACCAAGCAAUAAACAGGACAGCGGGUAACACACUGUUCAUGCGCAUUGCUUCCCCGCUUAUGUGAUGAGGCCCUUACUGUGAGUUGUAUUGUCACGCACUUUGCACGUGAAAGCUUUGGAAUUUGCCACUUUCGUGUGGUUAGUCUCCCUCGCAGCCGUUUUUAGUAUCGUUAACGCAACGCUCCUCCUCGAGAACUUGAGAAUUUCAGAACGCGGGAAAAACCACGUUGUUUACAAUAUUCUGUGAUUUGAGUGGUCACAUACUAAACAAUGUCAGUGAUCUGAUUGGCGCAAAGACUACAAAUGGAAAGGAAUGUUGUUUGAAUGUGAGCAGCCGUUUGUGGGGAGGAGCGUUGCGUGACGAUACUAAAAACGGCUACUAGGAAGACUAUCGUGUGGUUCGUGUAUGAGAGAAUACGACUUAAUCUAAUUACCCAAGGAUUUUAAUAAUAGAACGCGGUUUGUACUUAAAGAUGUUGGACUCUGCCCCUUUUACGGUUCGAUCGUGAAAGAAUGCAACUUGUUGACGAGGUCAUUUUGCUCGUAAGAUUUUAAGAAAUCACCUCCUUUCCGAAAAUUUGCAAUGAAAUUAUGCAUCAUUCAAUGUUACCCUUUAACAAUUAUCUCAUGCACGAAAUCAUGGAAUUUUGACAGCGCGAGGCAGACAUUCGCGUCGCUUGGCCUGUUUACGUUCGCACGUAUUGCGUGCCUAUUGCAACUUUGAAUCAAAACAAACGAACUCGAUUACUUUAUUUGGGCGACACCCAAAUAAUAAGAUUUAAACCAAGGAUAAAAUUAAACCGCGACAUGUACAUAUAUUUUUUUACACAAAUUGGCCUUGUUGCUUAAGCCCCCUAUUAACAAUCCCUUUUUUGUUGAUGGCAGGUAUUAUAGAACUCAUCAUAUUUCUAGGAGGCAUGGUCGCUCAGCUAUCGAGUGGCUUGUGGAUUGAGAAACUGGGAUUCACUCCACCCUUCUGGUUCAUAUUGGGGUGUCACGUGACCUCUCUGCUGUAUGCAGUAUUCAUCGUGCCUGAAUCAAGACUCGAGUCCACCGUAGAAAGAGGAAAACUGUUCAGCCUUGACAACUUUAAGUCCUCUUGGAGAGUUUACCGCGAAGCCUCAGGUUUUAGAAAACGAAAUCUAGUUAUCCUGACAGCAAGUGUUGGUAUAACAGACAUAGCUGUGAUGAGCACCAGCAGUGUCAUGAAUCUUUACACGCUACAUUCGCCGCUCUGCUUCACGCCCGAAUACGUGGGCUAUUUCUCAGCGUUCCGUCAAUUCAUGCACGGCGCAGGUGGAGUUACUGCUAUCAAAGCCUUUGGAAUGUGUCUUGCUGAUGUCAAUGUCGCACGUAUCGCUUUGUUGUCGUAUUUAGGCUUCUUGGUGAUGCUUGGAUUUUCCGAAACGCUUCUCUUGGUUUUUCUCAGUAAGUGUUUUUUAAGACUUUAAAAGGGCUCUACCUAGAUUCUAAGACGAGGACGAAAACGAGGACGUAACUUUCUCAACACUAAGUAGUGCGCCCCUUUUGAACCAGCUUCGUCGUUUUACUGCGGGUUCACCAUCAUAGUUUGGGAUCAGGAGAGGGCUAAACUUCCUUCAAAAAAAUAUAACGUAUAACGCUUACUUUUUUAUUGACAAAAAGUACGAUAUAGCUUUCCGGGAAGUAUAUGUUUUUUGAGAGUGCGCGAAAUAACUUUAAGUUCCAUCUCGUCCUCGCGGUCGCCCUUGUCCUCUAAUCUAAAGAUCGCUUUUGUAAAAGAGAUCUAAACUAACUGGCGGCCUUCCUUUUGCAAUAAUUGUACCGUCAUCUGAUAAGCCAAAUACCGUUUAUCUUGUUUUAAAAAUAAUGCUUUGAAAGGUCCCGGGAAUUAGAGAUCUUAAGCAAUAACGACGGCGACGAAAGGAGAACGUAAAAAAGUACAUUUCUUUCACGUCAUUGCAUGGCAUCCAAACAAAAGCAGUGUAGCGGGCAAUUUCGAAAUAUCACUUGUGGUAUUUAUGCCAAAUAUCACUACAAAUCAUGUUAUUACCUAUAUUAAUAGAGGAUUUAUGGUAAAACGUUAGUGCAUGGGAUUGAGUACAUUUUUUUUUCUGUCAGGUCCCAUCGUUGGUAUAUUUGGCGGUGCAGGACCCCCAGUAAUAAGAGCAAUGAUGUCAAAGAUUGUCAGCUCGGAUGAUCAAGGUAAACUUACUCUAAGCAACGGAAGAUAAAAUGGAUCAAAAUUCUCCUUGCGUCAUCUUAUACCAAUUAUACCCUUUACCUCCACAUUCCAAUCGACCGAUCGCGCGCUGGUUUGUCGAGUACUCGGUCGAUAAGAGACCAUGGAAAUGACGUAAUGGACGUCAAAAACUCGAAAAUAUUAACUGUUACCUCCAGCAGAUUGGUUACUUUGCUGAUAAAGCGUGAUUACUGGUUUCUUUGUCAAUAACUCGUUCCUAGGCGUGUCUCUGAUGAUUAUAAAGUAGCGCGUGGUGCGUAGUGGGAAGGUGGCAAAGAGAGAUCCUCUCUCAGGCCCAAAAAUCGUAGUUGCACUUAGCAAGUUUUCCGUCACAAUUUGUUUUCCUUCACGGUAGUCUAAAUGGAGAAAAAAUGGGCAAAGCUUGCAAUAUUUUGCUGUUUACUACUAAGGCAAACCAAUUUUGAGGGAAAAGGUGCUACUGUAAUGAUAUAUUGAGGAGGAAAAACAUUCUAACCUUGUGGUAUUUUAUGCUGGUUGCAAGUUGUGAAAAACUCUUUUAUAUUCGUGUUAGAUAUGUUUUCUUAUCCUUUUCAGGCUCGCUGUUCUCCGCUGUUUCUUCAGUUGAGAUGCUUUGCACAUUGGUUGGAACCGCCAUGUUGAACUCAUUGUAUCCAAAAUCAUUGAAGUUCAAUGCUCCUGGAUUCGUUUUGUUUUUAGCGGGCAUUUUUCUGCUAUUGCCUUUUGCUUUUACCUUGUAAGUUCACUGGCUGAAUCAUAAUAUUUAUAUUAGGAAGCUUUAUAGCAACCCACGAAAAAAAAACAAUAGGUUUAGUAAGAUGAACAACAAUUUUGCACGGCAAACACACUUUUUGGUGCACGCCGGAUUACCAUGUGAAAUUUGAGGUGGAAGCGACAAACUUGAACAAAGCACCACAUUCUGAUUUUUACUAUUUUAGAUAGUUCAUUUUGAAGUGAAAUGCCGCAGAUUUCGGAAUGGUUGGUAGCAAUAUAUAACUGUCUACUUUCUUUUUAUUAAAAACUGAGUCAUUGGAAUGAUGCAGUUCUAGAGCUCUGAUUGGCUUAGCCAUCUUGGUAUAUGAGCUAUUAUACCAUGCUCUCCAAGUAAGGUAACUGUGCGUGCCUCCUCAAAAUUAAAAACAAGCUGAAAAUCGGGGUUUUUUUACAAAUUAAUUCGGAAGAAUUUGAUAUUUUGUGGGCGUUUUUAAUAAAUCAAUUAUUCCACUCGCGCUUGUUGGUUAUGAGAUGAUAAGGGCCUCGUUGGCUUUCUUCCAUCUCAUAUCCAACGCGCACUCGUGAAAUAAUUGUUAAAUAUACUAUCAUGGUAGCUAUUGAUACUGUCUAUUUUGUUUAUAUACUAUCACUUUUUUUCUACCUUUUCUGACUUUUUGAAGAUCUUAGCUGCAGUGUAAACUGUAGGUUGAGUUCUGGUCGUGUCAGAGUUUUAGUCUGAGCUCUGUAAUAGCUCAUUAUUUUAUACUUCAAGUUCUAUAACCGUAGUAUGCAUUGUGUAAAUAGGUUAAGUUUUAUGCAUGUUCGGAUUGCAUAAUGCACUACUCAUCAGUUAUAACUCGUGACUAAUGUUGUUUCUUGUAGCUGUCUUAAAGACCACUCCAUGUUCAAAAAGAAGGGGUUGAUGGUCAACAAAGCAAGUGAAUAUGAAAGGAUAACAGACAAUGAAGAAGAAAAAGAACCCUACUCCCCAUCUUCGUCUGGUGACGUAUCUGAAGAUUCACCAAUCAUUCCUGCUUGUUAA